ACACACAUUUCAUCUCUGCUGCAACCAGCUGUUGGGGAGAGAGACACAGAAGAAUAUAGAUUAAACUAUUCAUAUAUCUUUGUACUAUGGGGAUUGUCUUAAAUUGAGGUUGCAGAGCAGGGUGCAGCAGGAUCCAUGGCGGCGUUUGCAGUGCAGUCACUUUAAUGCUCGAACAAAUUCGAGAAAAUCAAGCAAAAUAAAGUCCUCUCCUCCAGUAAGCAAAAGCUAGAGAUAUUAAUUGUUACAUAGUGAUAUGCAUCUUCCUCAUGUCCUUGCCCUACCCAAAACAAAAUAUUCAAAUUAUUUAACAAAUCUUGAAUAUUGUCCCUGAAAAGCUGCGAAAAAUAAAAAAUCCCAAAAAUAGCAAAUUCCCAUUUAUUAAAUCUCCAGAUCCAAGCUACCCUUAUGGAUUCUUUGUUAGGAAAAUGUCUGGAUUUUUCACACUAGCUGGGGCUGGGAGAGACCAGGAGCAAGAAGAUCAGAAUAACCAUAACAGCAGCAACAACAACAACAGCUUAUUUCUGUUUCGAAACGACGAGAUCUACGACAAGAAUUUCGAGCUAUGGCAACAAUCCUAUCAGCUGAAUCACCAGCCAAAACAACCUCAUCAGCUCCAGCAACAUGUGGAUCUUUCACUUUUGGGAUCUUCUAAUAGGCUGGAUGAACAAAGUUUAGUGUAUAAUAGUAGUGAUAGGGCUAAUAACGGUAAUAAUAAUAAUAAUAAUAGAGCAUCAGGGUUUGGUAUGAUGAGGCCAUAUGGAGGAGGGAGUAGCAGCAGUGGCAGUGGUACUAUAAGUUGCCAAGAUUGUGGCAACCAAGCGAAGAAGGAUUGUAUAUACAUGAGAUGCAGGACUUGUUGCAAGAGCCAAGGGUUUCAGUGUCAAACACAUGUUAAGAGCACUUGGGUUCCUGCUGCGAAACGCCGAGAGAGACAGCAGGUGAACAUUCUUGGCUCUUCCCCUAAUUCAUUACAGUUGCAGGACCAGCAGCACCAGAAUCAGCAGCUGAGUUUGAUGCGAGGAGAGGCUCCCAAGAGGCCGAGGGAAAAUCCUCUGGCCUCCCACCCAUCAGGGUUACAAGUGAAUGCCUUUCCGGCUGAGGUGAAUUCUCCGGCAGUGUUUCGCUGCGUGAGAGUGAGCUCCGUCGACGAGACGGAUGAGCAGUUUGCUUAUCACACAGCCGUGAACAUAGGAGGCCAUGUCUUCAAAGGCCUUCUGUAUGAUCAAGGUCCACAGAGUAGCACCCACUAUGGUAUUGCAAGCGAGAGCUUCCCCGGUGCUCAACAGCCACUUAACCUAAUAGCAUCCACCGGAGCCGCCACAGCCAGCAACAAUCCACCAGCUUGGACUAAUGACUCCUCCGUUUAUCCAACUCCACUCAAUGCUUUCAUGGCCGGUACACAAUUUUUCCCCCCACCAAGAUAAUAAGUAGUAACCUUUCUCUCUAUAUUUUGUUCUAACAACAUUUUCAUUUGUGAUCUCUCGGAGUUGUAAAAUGCAUUAUAUGACUUGUUUUCAUUCCUUGUGAUGAUGAUGUUGUAGUAUUAGCUAGGUAGAGGCUCUACCUAGAGAACAAUGGAAGAUUUGAAUAUUGUUAUUCGAUUUUGAAUUAAAAUAUUUGUUUGAU